CUUGAUAAUUUUUGCUUUCGAAAUUCAUUAUUGCUGAGGCUCCACUGUCAGUUUUGAGCCAUGGCGACAUCAUCACUGUUGGGAUUCCUAUUACUUCUGUUUCUAACAAUACAGAUCGGAGAUGCAUCUAGUUCUAAAAGUACUGAGCAAAGGGUUGCAGGAUCGAGAGUUGAGAUCAAUGUGAAUGGAAAAACUUAUUCAGUCACCGCUGGAGCUGUUUACAAACCAGAGGCAGAGCAAGACUGUUUGAAUCAAGGAAAACAGUUGAUCGCUUUUGACGAGCAAGGAGAAUAUCUCGCAAUUCUGGAUGCUUUGAGAAACAUUGGUAUGGAAAGACACUGGUAUUGGACUUCGGCAAGAAGGAACAAGUAUUCUGACGUCUGGUAUUGGGAAACGGGUGGGGCGCUUAUUACAGAGUUCUUUUGGAUUCCUGGAAAUCCCGCAACCGAUCAGCUUGUCGAUUAUUGCGUGAGUUUCAGAGUGGAUUCGGGUGGCUGGGAUGACGACCCAUGCGAGAACAAUUUCGUUCUUGGACAUAUUUGUGAAUAACACCAAAAAUGCAUCACAAAAUAAUAAAUCUUAUAAAACCAU